CAGCUAUGUAACGUGUUUCGUCAGAACAUGGAGAUCGACCAGUGUCUGCUGGAGUCUCUCCCGUUUGGCCAGCGCCAGCGGCUGGUCAGGAGGAUGCGCUGUGACCAAAUAAGGGAGUACUAUGAGCGGGAGAAGACCCUGCAGAAACCGGGAGGAGAAGUCAAGGUAAAAGCCCCGCCCACCAGCCACAUGAAGAGACACCGCAUUCGCUUCAGCCUCGGUGACAUCAUACAGGACGCCAUCGUACGCCACGAUGACAAAGAAGUGCUGCGUCUACUGAAGGAGAGAGCUGACCCCAACACUCCUAUCUCCUCUGGAGGAUCUCUUCUACACCUGUGUGCUCGUCAUGACAAUGUGUUUGCGGCUGAAGUUCUGAUCGAGCAAGGGUUAAACGUCAACUUGCAGGAUGAGGACCUCUGGACAGCCCUGCACAUAGCGUGUGUGUGUGACCACGCCGACAUGGUGCUGCUACUACUGCUGACUGGGGUGAAUGUUCUACUUCAGGAUGUGAACGGAAACAUUCCACUGGACUACGCCACUGAGGGAACCGAGACCAGCUACAUCCUCCGAAAACACCUAGAGGAAAACGGUAUAGAUGUGUUGUCCAUGCACACUAUGCGUACCCAGAGGCCCAGCACCAUGUUGUCUGAUGUUCGACAGCUGGUCUCCAGCGGGGUCAGUCUCAACCAACGCAACAACGACGGGGUUACUUUGCUCCACAUAGCGUGUGCUAGUGGCUACAGGGAGGUGGUGUCUGUGCUGCUGGAGGACGGGGCGGACCCUCAGCCCUCCGACAACGGCUAUUGGACACCUCUCCACCUGGCUGCCAAAUAUGGACAGACAAGCAUCGUUAGCCAGCUGCUGAAGCACAGAGCAGACCCAACUCUCCUGAACUGCAACCAAGACAAGCCCUCAGGCAUAGCAGCAUCUGACCCCAUCAUGGCUAUGCUGCUGAGAGCAGAGGAAUGCUGGGUAGAGAGACUGAAGGACCCCUCUGUCCCCCCGCCCCCUUCAGAUGAGCGCUACGAUGGAGGCGCACACGACCACACCAUCCCCGUCAAGAACCUCACCCCCCUGUCCAUGUCCCUCUCUAAGAGGGACAGUCUGUUGGAGAAGUGUGCCAUGUUCAGUGAGGUGGGAGGGGGGCUGAGCAGACAACCCUCACUGGACAACGGUCUGGACGGACCUACAGGAACCUACAGCAAACUGGAGCAGGUGAAGCUGAUGCCUCCGGCGCCUAAUGAUGACCUGGCGUCUCUCAGUGAACUCACAAACAGCAGCCUGCUCUACGAGAUGCAGAAACGCUUUGGCAAUGACCAGAUUUAUACCUACAUCGGGCACAUUCUUCUCCUGGUCAAUCCUAACAAAGAGCUCCCCAUUUACUCUUCACUGGUGAGUCAGUUGUAUCUGAGUUCUUCAGGGCGUCUAUGCUCUUCUCUGCCUCCUCACAUCUUCUCCUCAGCAGAGAGGGCCUACCACAUGAUGCUGCAGGAGCGACACCCGCAAUGCUUCAUCCUCAGUGGGGAGAGUGGUUCUGGGAAGACAGAGGCUUGUAAACACAUAGUGAGACACCUGGCAGUGAGGUCCAGCCCCAAAGGCUUCUCUCUUGAGCCCAGGAUGAAUCAAGUGAACUGUAUCCUGGAGGCGUUUGGGCAUGCCAGUACUCCCAUGAAUGACAACUCCAGUCGUGUCAUCAAACUCCUCAGCCUGCAGUACUGUGACAAGAGAAAGACACUACUCAGAGCGCGGAUAUACACAUACAUGUUGGAGAAGUCCCGUGUGGUCCACCUGCCUCGUCAGCAACACAAUUUCAACAUCUUCUACCUGAUGGCUGAGGGCCUGUCGCCUGAAGAGAAGAGUGCCCUAUACCUCAACAAUGUCCUGUCUCACAGGUACCUGAGUACAGGUGUUCCCGCAGGAGACUCCUCGCCUGUGGCCUCAGCCUCAACUCAGAGUAGAGACCGUCUCACUGCAAUCAAACAGGCCCUCAGAGCACUGGGCUUCAACAAACUGGAAGUGGACAGUGUGUUUAUGCUGCUGUCAGCAGUGCUGCAUGUUGGGGACCUGUGCUUCACAGCCCUGACAGACGCUGAGAUAGCCUACCCCUCUGACCUGCAGCUGCUGGAGCGAGUAUCUGGAAUGCUACAGGUGUGUUCUGAUGACCUGAGUUCUGCCCUCACCUCAGAUGUGCAAUACUUCAAAGGUGAUGUCAUCACACGGCGUCACACGGUGGAGAUGUCACAGCACUACAGAGACCAGCUGGCUAAAGCCCUGUACGGACGCCUCUUCAGCUACCUGGUCAACAACAGCAACUACUACCUACAGGGACAGGAUGACAACAUGGGAGAUCCUGCUCUUGAGAUUGGAAUUCUGGACAUCUUUGGAUUUGAGGAAUUCCAGAGGAAUGGAUUUGAGCAGCUGUGUGUGAACAUGACCAACGAGCGUGUGAGGCAGUAUGUCUCCGAGGUGCUGUUCCAGCAGGAGCAGGCCGAGUGUCUACAGGAGGCCAUCGCCAUGGAGACGCUCCGGUCACCUGGCAACCAGCCUGCCAUUCUAGACUUUUUCUUCCAGAAGCCUCAAGGUCUGCUGUCUGUGAUGGAUGAGGAGAGUCAGUCGCUGAGGCCUACAGAACAGACGCUCUACAAGAGACUACAGACACACCUCGACAGCACACCCACACACGGCAUAUCCCUGACAACCAAGGACGGCAAUGGAAACCCCCCACCCAUAGACCAGGGUCCUGCCUUCACUGUGAAACACUACGCAGGCCAAAUGGCCUAUGACCUCACAGGAUCCCUGGUGAAGAACAAGGACUCCCUCCCCCAAAGCCUGCUACUGGUUCUGAAGUCCAGUGAGAGUGUGUUGGUGCAGCAGUUGUUCCAGUCCAAGCUGACCCAGACUGGGUCACUGGUACCGGGCCAGGCCAAGAUGGCUCUGAGGGGGCCCAAAGCAGCACUUCUCCUAAACAGGAUGUCAUCCCCCUCCACCCUGAACCCCGCAGGCCGCGAGCCUCGGAGGUACCUGGACCUCACCAAGCUCUUGAAGAAGAAGGGAGCAACAUCUUUCCUGCAGAGGCUGGAGAGGUGUGGUCCAGUUACGGUUGCUGUGCAGCUGAGGAACUCUUUGUCAGAUGUGGUCAGUAAGCUACAGGCGUGUACUCCUCACUUUGUGGAGUGUGUGCGCCCCAACAGCAGGGGCACGGCGGACUGCUUUGACAGUUUCCACGUGUCUACCCAGCUGCAGUAUGUAGGGGUGCUGGAGAUGGUCCGGACGAUCCGCUAUGGCUACCCUGUACGCCUGCCCUUCAACGGCUUCCUCACCAGGUACAGAGACCUAGUGGACACCACUCUAGCUGACAAAAAGAAGCUGUCCUCGGAGGAGAAAUGUCGCUUUGUUCUGCAGCAGUGUAAACUCCAAGGAUGGCAGAUGACCAGUAGUAAGGUGUUUCUGAGGUACUGGCAGGCUGACCAGCUCAAUGACCGCUGCCACCAACUACAGAGGAAGAUCCUCACCUGCCAGAAAGUGAUCCGUGGCUGGCUGGCCAGACAGCGUGUGCAUCGUAGACUGUCAUCUCAACAGACGGAGGACUGCAGUGUCCAGAGGUUCCUCCAGGGGGCAGAAGACCAGGGCCUGCACACCUACGACCACCUGGUCAUCCAGAACGCCUCCGACAUCGCCCGCGAAAGCGACCACCUGCGCUGCCAUGGCAACGGGUCACACGGCAACAGCCCGCCCCUCGGGGAGAGGCCCGAGCCAGUUGGGAAAGAGGAGGACACACCCAAGAGGGUUGUGGAGAAGAGCAGAAGAAACCAAGAUGGCUCGGUUAGUGGGGGGAGCCGGACUAUCCGCCACUUCCGCUCCAGCUCAGUGCCCAUCCCCCUGGCUAUGGAGAACUUGGUACAUUCCAGCCCUGGACCAUCCAUCAAAACAGCCCUGCAGCAGGUGGCCUAUAACAACGAGGAUGGGGGAGGAGGGGGGGGGCUGGCGUCACCACGGAAACAGCCUCCCCCCAAACCCAAGCGGGACCCCAACACUCGUUUGAGUGCGUCGUACGAGGCGGUCAGUGCCGGACUGACCCUGGGACCCUCGAGAGAGACUCUGUCCAAGCCGCGGCCCCACAGUGAUGACUACACCACCAUGAGGAAGGUGCCUCCUCCCAAGCCCAAGAGGAGCCCAAACACCAAGCUCACGGGCUCCUACGAAGAGAUCAACGCUGCCGGCAUUAACCUCCUCCAGCUACGCCCUGCCGACGUCAAACUGGCCCUGCUGUCCCGCGCUGGGGGACUGGGGGGGGUGAUGCGGCACACAGCGUCUGUGGAUGGCACACCGGGGGUGACACUGAGCCUGCACCAUGACCAAGAUGAGGAGGAUGUGUACAUAGAGAUGGUGGGGGCUCAUGCCAGGAGUUACAGUCUGGGAGGGGGCCACCAGGACCCCCCCGACAGCCCCCAGCAGGGAGAUGCCGAGGCCGUCUACGAGGAGAUGAAGUACUUCCUGCCCGAGGAGGUGGGACUUCCGGUGGGAAGCACGAGUGGGGAGGGGAAGAGGGCAGGGCUGGGGGGUCUAGCCACCACUAUGGAGGCCCAAACAUCCGCCAUCGGAGGAGCCAGCAAUAUCCCUGCACCCUUCCCCAACCUGCUCCCACACCGCCCCCCUCUCCUGGUGUUCCCCCCCUCCCCCGUCACCUGCUCCCCUGCGUCUGAUGAGUCGCCCCUCACCCCUUUGGAGGUGAAGAAGCUGCCUGUGUUUGAAACCAACCUGAACUACAUCGGCCCAGACAGCCCCCUCUCCCCCCAGUACUCCCGCCAGCGUGCUGACUCCUCCCCCUCUCUCUCCGUCCUCCUCCCAGACAAGCCCACUCCUCCUCUCACCCCUCCUCCUCCUCCUCCCCCCAAUGCCCUGCCUCCCCCCUACCGCCCCCCCUCCCACUUUCCUUUCCCCCCAGAGUCCAGCAUCCUCUCCCUUACCCGGGCUGCUUCCGUCACGGGAGGUGGCAGCUCGGACUCUCCCAAACCCUCCUACUCCUCCUCCUCUCAUAGGGCUGGAGGAGAGAAGCCCCCUCCCUACUCUCCGGCCAAGUCCACCCGUCCAGAGCCACGCCGUUCCCACUCCUGCUCCUCCUCGCCCCUGCUGUUCAACCCAGCCAACGGGAGACCCCUGACCAGUCCUCAGCCAGCCCUGGAUGAGCUCAACACCCUGUUCAGCUCUGGACGCAGCCUACUCAAGAAGACCACUACAGGACGCAAGAUGAGGGAGGGAGGGUUCAACUCCAACAUCAACCUGCCAGGUAGAGAGGAGCACCCGGGCUCCACCCCCACCUCCUCGUGUCCGCAGCUACAGGACAAGAACGCCAACAACCACGCCCCCCCCUCCCCAAGCCCCACUCCCAUUGAGAACGGCAACCGGCUGUCCAACGGGUCAAUGGAAGAUGAGGGUCACACCAAGACAUACUCUUCCAGCUCAUCGUCUCUGCACAGGCAUAUGGACAGCCAUCACACUCAGGUGAUCCAGCGUCUGCGUGGAUGUGGGGGGGACGAGGCCGCCGCCCUGGGGGAGUUGCUCCGCUGGCGUAGGGCGCUGUGUGAGGGGCGGGCCGACUGGAGGCACCAACAGGACGUCAACGGAACACCACAAACCCCACCCACCACACUGGUCAGGGCUAAUAGGAAGUCUUCUCCAUAG